AAUCGUUGGCUACCUUCGCCGGAAAAGACUUUCUUCUUAGUUCCUCCAAUGAAAGCUAAGCAACGGAUCGACCAAUUCGGAUUAAUCGCUGGGUUAAAUAAAGGUCGUUCUACUCCAGUUACCAGCCUACCAUGCAUUCUGGAGUAUGUCCUUAAAGUGCCAGUGUGCCACUAGCUUGGUUGCAUCGAUCAGGUUAAGAAGCUUCUCAUCUCCACAAUUAGCUAGGGAGCUCUGAAUGGACGACGGUGCGGGCGGUGGCAUCGCUCCUUUCCCCUCGCCGUUGCCGGUCGCGGGCGGUGGCCAUGGGCACGUCAAGAGCCGGGCCUCGUCGGCGGUCGCGGCGGCCAGCGUCGCGCUCAUCCUGCUAUACCUCUUCUGGAAGUUCCUAUGGCAGUGCAGGAAAGACGUAGCGCCGAGGAGGGACGACAACGCCGCCUCGUCCUCGUCAUCCGCUCAACGGCCGAUCGACCCGGAGCGCGGCGAGAACAAGGUCAGGAUGCCGGUCCCGGCGUCGCCCGUGCGCGUGGACGGGCCGUCAGAAUCAGAUUCAGGGGACGCUGCGGAGAAGGCGGAGUGCGCUGUGUGCCUGGUGGAGUUCGGGCACGGCGGCGAGGCCGGGCGGUUCGUGCCGGGCUGCGGCCACGGGUUCCACGCCUCGUGCAUCGAGGCGUGGUUCCGGGUGAGGCCCACGUGCCCGCUCUGCCGCGCCGCGGUGGUGGUGCCCGGCCUGCCAGAGCCCAACCCUGGGCGCUUGGAGCGCAGUUGACCUUCUCAAAUUGCUCCAUGCGCAGAAUUUUGGCGGGCCGCGAUGAUGCACAGCUCGAUUGAUUAACUAGUCAAGCAGGCAAUUGUGUACAGUAGUAAAGAUUUUAUUCUGUUUUGUACAUUUCCAAAACAAAACAAAAAAUCUGUUUUGUCUGUGUAAGGAGGAAACAAGGAUACGGGGCACUGGCGACAUUACACCAUACAUUGAGUAACACUCGAGUUUCAGAAGAACAGUUACACCCCCAUUGGCACAUACCUGAUGUGCGGAAACUGCAACUGAUUUCAUAGAGUUUACAGGCCAAAUGCCUGUCGUGUAAGCAAAAGCUUUAAAAACAUAAACAGCAUGGCGAAUGCGUACAAUUUGCCAACAAGUGUAUCAGCCACUCA